GAUAGACAACAAGAAGUGACUCCUGAGCCGACCGGGAGAGGGACGGCUCCUGUCGAGCUGGACUACCAAAGAAAACUGGAUUAAAAGCUUGCAUUCGGACGGAAACCUGGUUUAUUUGAUACGUUGGUAACCCAUGGACAAAUUGGCCGUGGAUACAUAUUUAUCAAGUGCGUUUCGAGCUCAAUCCAAGGAGUUUAAAGUUUCCGCGAUCUCCUAGUUUUCUUUUUUGCCAGGCUGUGAUGUGGUGACGCGGCUCGUCGACGGGAAGCUAAGCUAACGUUAGCUGGCAAAAUACACCAGAGAAAAUGUGUUUUUAGAUAUUUUAGUUUUCUUCUGACUUCGUCUUCAUUUUUUUUUCAUUUGACCCUUGAAGUUGGAUUAUAAACACUUUUUUAUAUAUAUAUAUAUGCUUUGCCUGGUAUUGUCUUGGACAGUAACAUUACACUUUUUAGUUGCAGUCCAAUGAGCUAUCGUAACCGGCUGUAGUGCCGAGCUAGCUCUGGACAUUUGAUUGCUAACGGUAGCUAGCUAUCUAGCUACAUCUGUUUCCACUUUUGUUCCUUGUAAGGAGUGUUGCCUAACUACACUUUUUUUCUUCCCUUGAACAAAGUAUAGAAAAUGUUAGGAUGAGUUAAUAAUUGUGUGUCUGUAUAUUAUAUGUGCAAACACUAAUAAUCAGUUUGACUCACUUUUAUCUUUGUGCAAUGCAGAAGUCACUACCGUUAGCGAAAUAGCUAGCUAGAGUUGUUGCCCUCUGAUGUGGGUCUGGCGGGGCGGCCCUUGGAGUUAUCUCUUUUUGUUCGCCGUCGGGGACCUUUAAGUCUGGAUGGUUUUCAACAUUUCAUUGGAUUUAAUGUUUUGAAUGGCUUGGAUUAUUCAUACAAUUGUACCGUUGUAUUAGUUGAACGAACUGGCUAGAAGUUAAGUUGAAGAAAGCUCGGCAACAUAAAUAGAAAAGUGGACAUCCACAAAGGAAUUUCGCCUACUUUGCAAAGAUGAUGUGCGAGGUGAUGCCCACCAUCAGCGAGUCGGAGGGGCCUUCGGGUGGCCGGCGGGGGUCUGGCUCGCCUCUUCAUUCGGACUCGGAGGGGCACUUUGAAUCUCUGAUGGUUUCCAUGCUGGAGGAACGCGACCGGCUACUGGACACGCUGAGGGAGACCCAGGAGAACCUAGGCCUGACCCAGGGCAAGCUGCACGAGGUCAGCCACGAGAGGGACUCGCUGCAGAGGCAGCUUAACACCGCCCUGCCCCAGGAGUUUGCUGCGCUGACCAAGGAGGUGAAUGUGUGUCGGGAGCAUUUGAUGGAGAGGGAGGAGGAGAUCGCUGAGCUCAAGGCUGAGAGGAACAACACACGGCUUCUCCUGGAGCAUCUGGAGUGUCUGGUGUCUCGUCAUGAACGCAGUCUGAGGAUGACGGUGGUGAAGAGGCAGGCCCAGUCUCCUGCCGGGGUCUCCAGCGAGGUAGAGGUCCUCAAGGCACUCAAGUCCCUGUUCGAACACCACAAAGCCCUGGACGAGAAGGUCAGGGAGAGACUGCGUGUGGCUUUAGAAAGAUGCAGCCAGCUGGAAGAACAGCUCACAUCACAACACAAAGAGAUGUCUUACCUGAGAGAGCAGAACAUCCAGAAGAGGUCGCUAGGCGAUGGAAUGGAAGGGCUCAACCACAACUCUGAGAACACCCCAAGCACAAACGGCAAGCGGUCGUCAGAUGGCUCUCUGAGCCAGGAGGAGGACCUGGGGAAGGUGGGAGAGCUGCAGGAGGUGGUGGCGAGACAGACGUCAGACCUGGGGCAGAUGAUGGAGCGCAUGGCGGCCAUGACGGGACGCAUCAGCGAGCUGGAGGAGGACCUGGACACGGCACGCAAGGACCUCAUCAAGAGUGAAGACGUGAACACACGCCUGCAGAGAGACAUACGAGAGUCUAUGGCCCAGAAGGAGGACAUAGAGGAGCGUAUCGUCACCCUGGAGAAGAGGUACUUGGCAGCGCAGCGAGAGGCCACCUCCGUACACGACCUCAACGACAAGCUGGAGAACGAAGUGGCCAACAAGGAGUCCCUGUUCCGACAGACGGAGGAGAGGAACAGGCAGCUGCAGGAGCGUUUAGAGCUGGCUGAGCAGAAGCUGCAGCAGACCAUCAGGAAGGCGGAGACUCUGCCCGAGGUGGAGGCGGAGCUAGCCCAGAGGGUGGCGGCCCUCACCAAGCCUGACGCCUCGGGCUCUAAGGACGCCAAGACACAGAGGAAGGUAGACUGGCUACAAUCACCCCUAAACCUCCCCCUAUACCCUCCCUCACACCCCAGCUCCAUCUCUUACCCCCGCCCAGUAGUCUAACUCUGCCUGCUUAGC